UUUUACUUAAAAAAUUUUACACUACUCAAUCCAUCAAUUUUUUUCUUUCGAAAAUGGAGACAUCGCUUCGAUACGGCGGAGACUCCACCGCAUUGAGAGUGAAUUCAAUCAACCGCGGCAGCGGCGGCAACAAAAAGUCACAACCAACCAUCGGUAGAUACCUCGGCGGCGGCGAUACCUCCGCCCUUAAAAUUCACGCCAAACAACACUUCCGUAUCGAUUCCAACACUCGCCUUCAGAUUAAUGGAGAACUCGAUACAAAGGUCGGAUAUCCGACUUUCUUCAGUGCACUCUUGAGAUACUUUCCCCCUGAACUGUCAGCGAAGAUUGGAGCCGGGCUACAGUAUGAUAGACGGGAAAAGCUUCAUUAUACUGUGCGUGGGAAAAAAGCAUUUCCACUAACACCGGAACGUUUUGUCAACUUCGUAGUUAAGGGACGUUGCAAUCUGGACAAAGAGUUUAAGCAGCCAACACCAAGUGGAGCAGCUGAAUUGGUUUGGAACAUUCUAGAUUUUCAGAAAGACCAAGACUUAAGAAUUAAAGUUGGCUAUGAAAUUGUGGACAAGGUUCCAUAUGUACAGUUCAGGGAAAACAAUUGGACAUUUAGUGCUGAUGCUAAUGGCAAAUGGAAUGUGAGAUAUAACCUAUGAGUGAAACAUUUGGUAUGUUUUUUAUUGCAAGAUUUAAGAGAAAACCAGAUAGUUCGGGUAGGUUUGUAGAGUCCACUACUGAAAGGACCUAAUUCAGGUUUUUAAUGUAUACUCAUUUUUAUAAAUUACUAUCAAGCUUUUAUCAUAUAAUGCUGCUACUUUUUCUCAUUCA